CGGAAAUACGCGGGCUUCUAGACAUGCCGUUGCCUGCGCGAGAAAGUUUAACAACUCCGAGGAGCGCUAGAGCUCCAAUAGGCCGGAGACCACCUAGUAGCCUCCCCCAUACACGUAAAAAAGAGAAGACGCCUGAGAGUCCUCCGGAUAUGGAUUCCCCAGUGGGAAGUGUUGGCAGCGAUUUGCGACGGCAAAAUGAGGAACUUCGUGCUCGUCUUGCUGGAGAGAGCGCAGAUCAUAAAAGAAGACUGGAUGCUUAUCGACGUGCUCAGCAAGGACAAGCAGCACUGGUUUCUCGUCUACAAGCAAAGGUUCUCCAAUACAAACAAAGAUGUAAUGAUCUGGAGAACCAAAUGCUGGAAACCACACCACGCAGUGACACUAGCUACCGUCCGACAACUUCCUCUGGGAAAGCUAUUGCCCUUCCGCCCUCGACCCAGCAAACGCCAUCACCAGAUUUGCGGAGAGAUGAACGCAUUACUGACUUGGAAACCGCCUUAAGAAGACUAGAUGAGGAGAAACGCAAAUGUGAAAAGCUUGUGUCUCAGAACACUUUACUCCGUGAGCAACUGGAGGAAUCGCAUCAGUUAAAUGAAGCUUUGACAAAUGAUCUGCAAAAGUUAACUAAUGACUGGGAGGCACUGCGAGAUGAAAUGUCAAUCAAGGAAGAUGAGUGGAAAGAUGAAGAACAGGCCUUUAAUGAUUACUAUUCAAAUGAACAUAACCGUCUUCUCAACUUGUGGCGAGAAGUGGUAUCUGUUAAGAGGUUCUUCUCAGAUCUGCAAACCAACACUGAGCGUGAUUUGUACAAAGUAAAAAAUGAUAUGGACUCAGCUGCUAGAGAUUUGGUGGGGACUCUGAGUGGUUAUGCUAUUACAGCAUAUGCCAGUCAUGAUGAUUCUAAGCCUGAUCUUCAAACUUCUCAAACACCAAAUCCAGGUUCGGCAAUUGAAAACCUCCAUUCUGAUUUACACUCAAUUACCACUCAAAGAGACAAUGCUCUGUCUGAAUUGAAAGAGAGAGACACACGUAUACAACGCUUGCUACAGGAGCUACAGGGAUUGGAAGAGCGAUGCGAGUGUGCCGAAGCAGUUUGUUCAGAGGCGGGAAUAAUGCGCUCAGCGCUGGAGGAAGUUGCGCGUGCGCUUAUUCAGGAUUCUGAACCUGACGCUCCGCCUCUACAUAUGCAUCUAGACAGGUCACCCAAACGUGGUAUAGCUCUGUCAGCAAAUCCGACAGCAUUCGCCGAAAGUACGAUAUCUGCACUACAGGCCGCCUUACACAAGUACCAGAUACAGAUACACGAAUUGCAGGUAAAACUACAAAAUACAAGAGAACAAUUGAUGACUUGCCGAAAACAUUCCGAAACUGCGGAUUCACACGUGGCUUCGUUAGAGAACAAAGUGGAAGAUCUACAAGGAAAAUUGGAUCAAACGAAUGCAGAUUUGAACCAAGUUGUGCAAGAGCGGGAAUCACUUCAAAAGACUGUGGAAGCGCUGAGAAUUGAUAAGAAUAACCUUGAAAGGAAUCGUGUUGAAAUUAAUGCUAUGGUGGAGUCUCUAACAUCGGACUAUGAAAAACUUCAAAAAGUAAACAAUCGUCUAGAAAAGACAAUUGAAGGGCUAGAGAAUGAAAAAAGAUCACUCAACUCGGAAGUCGAUCAUUUGCAUCGAGAACUUACUAGUAGGGACUCAGUUUUACGAACGGAGGAAGAACGUUCAUCCCGUCUCCGUAGCGAGCUGGUCAGUGUACGAGAAGAGUUGAAUAAGACCGCUUUAGCUCGAGAUCUACUGGACCAGCAGAAGAUAGAGGCGGAUGCUAUACUGUCACAGAUGGAGAAGAAUAGAAGUGAGUUGGAAAUUGAGUUAGAACGGAGUCUCUUAGAACGUGGUGAUCUUCAAGACUUGGUGGAGAAAUUACAGUCGCUGGUUCGCAACCUUGAGUGUGAUAAGAAGAAACUCAUUGAAGACGUUAAACUUUUGGAAGACGAGAAGUCUUCGCUCUCCAACCAGUCAUCAGACCUUCAAGGAGAUCUGAACUCUCUCCGAAAAGAAUUGUUAGCUGCUGAACAGCACCGGAUGGAGUUGGAGACAGAUAAAUCAACAUUACACGAGAAGAUUAAGUUCUUGGAGGGAGAAAGAGAGAAGGUUGAGAUGGAGUUGAGACAAGUUACCAGAGAAAGGGGAGAAUUAAGUUCACAAUUGACCGCGAUGGCCCGUAAGAAAGACACAUUGAACGAAGAAAUAAUUCGACUACAACAAAGAUUGGAGCAGGCUAACGAAACCAUUGGUCGUUUGAACCGUUCUAUUGACAAUCACGUUAAGGAAGGUGAAGAAAAACAGAUAUUAAUAGACAGUCUUGACAAAGACAAACAGCAUCUCCAAGAGCAAUUAGCAAGUGUUCGCUCUGAGAAAGACGCGUUGGAGGCUGUUUUGUUCGAUACAGCCAAUAUGUUGGAGGAUGCUGAUAGCAAACGAAGCAAACUCGAGCAGGACUUGCAGAAUACAUUAGUCCAACAGGAAAAUCUUAAAGGUCAAAUAGCACGUCUAACAAAAGAUUUAGAAUGCAGCGAGAAGAAACUGCGUGAAACGAAAAAUAGUAUGCAACAUCAAAGCGGAAAGAAAGAGGCAGAAUAUCAGCAGGUUAUCACUAACCUGAAUCGCACCACAACUGAGAAUAUAACCAAACUUAAAGAAGAAAAGGAACAACUCCGUCAAGUGCUCGAACAGAAGCUAAAUCAAACUAUAGCAAUGCUGUCGAGUGAGAAGGAAGUAUUGGAAGCGAGUGCGAGAGAACGGGAGAAGAAAUUACUGGCGUCCCGCGAUCAGUUGAUGUUACAACACGAUGAAGCUAUGCUUAGAGCUGAGAAUGAUAAGCAGCAGGCCUUGCUUAUGGCUCAUCAAGAACAACAAGCCCUAAUAGAACGCUUGGAAGAAGCAAAACGUAUAUUGGACUGCGAGCAGAACAAACUGGAACGAGUCAAAAGAGACGCUCAAGCCAGGUCAGAUCAGGACAGGGGAUUUAUCAACCAGCUUAAGGAUGACCUGUCUGCUUUGAAGACUCGGCUUGAGGAAGCUAAGGCGGCAGCUGAAGACGAUUGUGCGAGAUUCGAGAAUCGUAUAAAAGAAUUGCACUUAGAGAAGGAAGCGCUGAAUCGCGAGUGUCAAGAGACGCGUGCGCAUCUCUCAUUGGCUGAGGACAAAUAUGACGCCGCUUACGUACAGUUACAGGAUACUAUACGAAAAUUAAAGGAAUUGGAAAACGAAUCAGAAAGUCUUCGCAAAGAAUUGACAGACACUCGACGCCAGCUGAGCAACUGUUCGGCUGAGAGAGAUAAAUAUAACAGUGCCUGCAAAGAAUUAAGAGAACACGUAAAGAGAUCGGAGCAUGAGAGAAGAGAAGCUGCACGAGAUAGAGAUGAGGCCUACCAUAAGAUUGCUGGAUUAGAAGAAACCCGAACUUCAUUAGAACUAGAGCUAUCUCGCGUUCAAACGCUGCUAAAAGAGUCUGAAACUAGUGGACAGCACGUUGAUCGGUCUUUACGGACAACAGAAGCACAAUUGAAGCGAGAAAGAGCAGCAUUGGAACAGGCGCAACAUGAUAUCAAGGAGUUGCAAUCUAGACUCCAAAACGAGAGUGAAGAACGGGAGCGUAUAUCAAACGAAGCGUGCACGGCUAAGCGUCACGGGGCAGAACUGGACGCCAUGUUGGGAGCUGCGCGCGCAGAUAUUGCAGCUUUGAGACAGCGAGGUGCUGAACUAGAAGAAGCCUGUCGAGCUAGGGAUCAAGAAUUGGUUCUCCGUUUAGAAGAUUGUCGAUCAAAGGAGCGGCGUUUAGAGGAACUAAAACAUAAUUUGGAAGUCUGCCUUGCUGACGCUACACAGCAGAUUCAGGAGCUUAAGACUCGACUUGGCGCUUCCGAAGGCCGAUGCCGCGCUGUUGAAGCAGCUCUAAGCCAAAGUGAGGCGGGUCGUCGUGAUGCUGAGGCAAGAUUAUCAUCAGUUGCACACUCGUUACGACGCGUGUGUGGAAUACAACCUGAUGGCUCUGUGCAACAGGCUGCAAGGAGGCGUUUAGCGAGUCCAGCUAGAAGAUACAGUCCACAUAGGGGUCGUGAACAUUCAGAGGACCGCAAUGAGAUCAUCGACGUAGAUCCAGAGAUGAUUAAGAAAGGUGUACGGAAUCUCAUGCACGAAGUCUGCCAGAUUGAAAGGGAAAAAGAUGACUAUAAAACUCAAAUGAACGUAUUUAAAAAGCAACUUAAAGAAGCGACAGAACAACAAGGCAAAGGUGAAGGUAAAUUGCAGUCAGUGAGCAGUAAUCUUCGUGGAGUGCAGGAAGAAAAGGCAAAAUUGCAAUCUGCUUUGGGACAGAGGGAUGCUCAGCUCAAUGCAUUGAAUGAGUCAGUUCAAACAAAGACAGUUGAAAUAAGCAACUUGCGUGACAAAAUUACUAGUUUGGAGGCAGCACUCAGUUCUGUCACUGAAGAAAAGUCUCACAAUGAGAACAAGUCGGACAAUCUUCGUGGUCAACUGGCUGAACGCGUGCAAGAGGUGGCUCAACUUAGGGAAGCUUUGGCAGCAGCUGAGGGACGUGCGGCACGUCUGGACGUCCGUCGCGCUCAAUUGGAGGGUGAUAUACAACGUAGUGCCGUUGCUGCUAGAGAUAGGGAUCAAGCACUCAAGAAACUUCAGGACCGCUGUGACGGGUUCAUUCGUACGAUAGCAUCACUUGAAGACAGGUGUACCUCGCUGAAAGGAACUGUUGAGCAAUUGUCGACUGCCCUGCAGAAGGCGGCAGCGGCCGAAACCGAGUUGAGGGCAGAGUUAAGCAAGACUCAAAGACUACUCAAUGAGGCGAAGAAUAAUGAGAACAACGCAAUGGACAAGUUGAGGCAGACGCAGAAAAAUAUUGCAAAUUGUGAGAACGAACGCAGAGUUCUUACGGAAAAGUUGGAAAGUGCUAAAGCGGUUGCGGGUGAAUUCAAACGACUUAACUGUCAGUUGGAGGAUCAAGUACACCGUCUUACAAAUCAGCUGGCAAAUCUUGAAGCGCAGAGAGCCGAUCUCGAGUCCCAGCUCCGCAUGACCACAUGGGAUGGAAAAGAGAGUGAUAGCAGUGAGUUGGAGAGAGAGCUCCAUGGUCUUCAACGGGAGAGAUCUGAGCUUAAAGCGAAGAAUGACGCCCUUCAAGAUACAGUGAGGAAGAUGGAAGCCGAGAGAAGAAUGACCAGACCGUCAGUAUUGAGGAGCAAGAGUCAUGAUAGGACUGAUAAGGGAGUUUAUUAUUCGGAUUUGGAUUCUGGAGCAGAUUCGUCAAAAGAGUCACAUUUAUACAAAAGCUACAAAGAAAUACCAUGUAAGGACAAAGGCCCGUCCUACAGCACUGAAUUGAGUCUGAUGGAAUUGGAGAACAGGGAACUGCGAAUGAAGAUACGGAGACUGGAAAAAGAACUCGCUGAUAAGGAAUCGGAGUUAUCCAUCUCUCGUAACCGUUACCUAUCCGAUUUGUCUACGGGUGGUAGCAGACAAGACAUCGACCAGUACAAGCAGGCUGCGUUGCAGGCAGAAAGGCUUUUAGAGGCAAGAGAAGCCAGCCAUAGACAGCAGAUCAUCAGAUUGGAGAACCAAAUAAGCCAGCUCCGUACGCAGCUGUCAGCCGAGAUUCGUCGUCGGCAGUCGUACGUGGCCCGAAGUGGGCGAGCGGCUCGCGACAUGCAACGGCUGCGGUCGGCUUUAGGAGACUCUUUGCGGACUGUGGCACAGGAUCCAGCGCUGGAUUCAUACACUCUAGAGCAUGAAGCUCGUAAAUUGGACAACACAUUAGCUCACAGUCUGCCGCCGCUCAACGACAGCUUUGAUUCCAAAUAGAUUUUGAGGAACUCCUUAUCCUAGCAGGGCUUUCAUAUGAAAAAGGGUAAAAUACCAAUCUACUACAAUAUCAAUCGAUGUCCUUUAUCUACCUUAGAGACAACGUAAUCUCUAAAUAUAUGGGCCGUCGGAAUUCAGCAGAUAUAUAGUACAAAUUUUAAACCAGACCAGGGCCGCAACUCUGUAACAUCCAACAGCGAUAACGAUUCUGUUUGAUCUAGUUUUUUCAACUAUAAUUAUUGAAGUCGGAACACCUAUAAGGAGUUACAGGGUAAUGGCACUGAGCCGGUACUUUUAGUCCCAAUAGUGAUAACGAACUGUACCCCACGAUCAUAGGUUGAGAUUCGCCACAUUAGAGCUACGGUGGAAAUGGAGUAAAGAAGCUUUGCAGUCGGUAUCACAUUAUUAGAAUUUUUUAAACAAAAUUGAGCAAAACGUUUUGUCAAGUUUUCGUAUAUACACGAAUAUGAAAAGUAGUCUACUUAAAAUAGUUCUUUCCUAGUCAUGUUUUCCGUUAACAAAUAUUUCCAGAAGUAAAAUCGUCCUCGCGACUACUCCCAACAUGGGUGAUUUGUAACAUUACUUCGGUACCCUGCCUUGUAAAAAAAUAAUUUUCUUUGAGUGGUUUCUUUAGUGAACAUUAUAUUCUUAUGUUCGAAUCCACUCACAUAUUUUAAUUCAUAAAGAUGAAUCAGUUCUACACUGUUUUAAUGGCACAUUUUUUUAAAAUAAAUAAUAAUCAGUUACUAGCCUUGUAGGAUUAUGAUUGAUGAAGCUAUAUUGUCUUUCUCAAUCAUCAAAUUCGUCCCAUACUGACCUAAAGUGAAAUACGAUCUAAACAUUCGUAGGCCAGGCCAUAACUCUAUUAACCUAACAAUGAUUAAUAACUACGUAUUUUGCAUUUACAAUAAAUGACAAAUCUUACCGUUAUCGAAUGACUCACGUAAGGUCAUACGGAAACACUACGGAAGCAUUUUUUUAUGAAUGACUCAGCUGAGCAACCGAGUCUAGUUUUUAUGUUUGUGUGUUAAUAUACCUGUUUGUAUUUAUUUGUGGCUUAGAUAUAUAACGAUUGAAUAGAAAAGAUUCAGGAAGCUCCUACUCAUAAAUGAGGAUGUCUUGACCUACUGCUCUCUUUAAUAAAUGUGAAUGUUUGCUUUGCGAUUAAAAUACCGAAAAGAUAAAUUAUGUUAGGGUAAGAUUCAGAAACGAGAUUCUAAGUCUGACUCCCGUACGUCAAAAAUGUAUUGGAUUUUGUCAUACGCGAUGUAUGGUUCGCGUUUCUGAAUCGAACCUUAAAAUUAUCGCGUACAAAUCUAAACAAACACACUUUGGAUAUGAAAUAAAAUAGUGAGUCGUAGCGGCAAACUUUCUAAUAGUAAAUUCGAAUAAAUAAAAAAUAAAAUCUCGUGUAGCAAUUCCAACUAUCAAUUCAAUUAGAAUUAGCCACUUCGUACCGAUACAUAUAUAAUUUCGACUAGUCUAGUAAUAGUUCUAAAAUAAUUUUGGUGUGCUCAGUAAUUUAGCAAUUGACAUAAUUAUACAGAUUUUUUAAUUUACAUUAAAUGUAAAAAUAUAAGAUGAGGGCAGACGGGUCACUGUACGAGUUGUUUAGCAAAUGUCUCUGUAUCGCCAUAUAUCAUGUUGGGUAUCGCUUCCCGUCAUUUCAUACGCGUACCGGAAAUAGUAAUCCACGAUUUUUAUAGUAUAAACAAAGACUUUUCGAUUUUUUAAAAAAAUAUUUCUCCAGCCAAGAAAUUAAAGAAAGUUUUACAGCAGCACUCCGCUUUUAAUGUGCAAAUAGUAACGGUGUUAUGUGAACGAGUUCGAUUAUCGAACUGUUAAUUUUAAAUUUCUCGCCCGCAUCAUACACUCAUAAAUCUUAAGUUAUUAAAUAGAUCAAAUACUGCCGAUACUCGAUAAAGCUUUUAUCUAACAUUAGCUACUUACUAAAUUAUAUAUAAUGGUAGGCGUAACAUUAUCUUCAUCCAACGCAUUUUCUUCAACUUUGAUAUUUGGGCAACAAGUGGAUUUGUAUGUGGGAUGACACUUUGACAUGAAAAUCUAAUGUAUUAAAAUAAGACCGCCUCUUCACACGUACAUAGCAAUUUCGAAUUGAAAUAAGCAUUUGUUUCGAUUAAUGAGUUGGCGUGAAUAAUAUAUAAUUUUCGGUUGAUAACAAAAUGUUACCAAGUGUAUUUGACCUUCGCUGACCCCAGGAGAAUCAUUCCUGCACUCGUUAAUAAUGUAAAUUGAAUGUAACGUGGGUCGAAUUGAGGUGCCGCGACUAGACGUUUCCCAUUAUUUUAGUCAUCGCCCUGUUAUCAAUUUACCCAAUAUUGAUCUAGUCACUCACUAGUCGUAGUGUUAAGGUUUUACUUUGUAUUAUAAAAUAAAUUAACGGUUCGAAUUAUUCAGUUUCCUCAACCUUUAUUCGUAAAAUUAAUCAAAAUAUUACUAUUAUAAUCCUAUCUGAAAUUAAUAUUAUUAAUCAUAUAUACUAAUAAGGUUUAGCCCAAAAUGUUGUAAUCCAUAAAAGGAAUAACACGUAGUCCGCACAUAAUUUACUAGAAUUACGAUUAUGCCCGACCUUGUGAUUAAUUAUAAUAAAAGGAAAAUCAUCAGAAAUUGAACUGUGUAUGGUACAAUUAGAACAAAUAUAUCUAUGUAGAAUUUGAUUGAUACAAUAUUUAAGCGUUUUGUAACUUUCUUUUACCAGUUUUUAUAUAUUUUUACCUUAUCUAUGUUAAAUUUAUCAUCAAGUAAAUAGAGCUGAUACGUAUAAUUGAUAAUGUGUUGCAGGUUCCAAAUUUUUAACAUUCAAUAACGUUUUAUACAUUUCCCAAGUAUGUAUGUAGUUUAGCAGUGUUGUCACUUAGUACAUAAUUACACAAUUUUUUGAUUGUUUAAUGUGGAUUUCUAUACGCAUUUCGUGGUGAGCUCGAUCUAUGUACGAGACCUUGUUUCAUCAUAAGAAAUGCGUCUUAAUUAAGAACAUGUUUGUAUUUUAUAAAUUAGAUCGCUUAUUUUAUAGGUCAUAGUCAAUAAGGCGUAUUGUGUUCAUUUCCAUUGGACUGUGUCAAUUCUUAUGUUACUAGAAUAUCGACAUACGCCCGCCACAUUACACUGCCAUUUUUUUAUCAUUGUAACUGUAGUUUAGUUAUCACAUUUUAUGAUACCCUUUUUACACACGGCAAGUUAAUAAAUAAAUAUAGAACA